AUGGGCAAUAGGUGUGAGGCAAGUACUAACGUCGUACAAUUUCCAUUGACAUUUGCAAUCCAAUGGGAUAUUGAAACGGCUGACGUCAAUUUAAAUUUUAAUAUACCAGAAUUUAUCUAUACAUUUGCCGUGGCUGCAAUGCUAGUUAUGGCUUUAACGAACAACAUAGCAUCGUGUAAUGUAAUUCCUGUUAUUGUUAUUAUUAUGGUCGACAUAUGUAUGUGGGUAAGUUCAGCAUUAAUAGCAGAAUGUGUUUUAUUGGAAUGUUUUAAUUUUAGUCGGUAUCGAUCGCGAAGAUUCGCUGUUAUAUCAUCAAUUAGCGGUACUAUAUUAACAAUUGGUACACAUUUUCAUGAAAUAAUCGCUCGACGUCCAUUACCUGAUCCUAUUCGUGCUUAA